AUGUUUCCUCCAAGUUUCUGCUACACAAUCUUCGUCACUUUCAUCUUCCACUUCGUACUAUUAGCUCCUCAAACUUUGUCUCUUGAUCCGAAGUUUAAGGCUUGUGAGCCCAAAUCAUGUGGCAAAGGUCCCGAGAUUUCCUUUCCAUUCUAUCUUUCAGACAAGCAAGACUCCUCUUGUGGAUAUCCCAGCUUCGAACUCAGUUGUGACGAUGAACUAGAGCUCCCUGUUCUCGGGAUCUCCGGUGAGGAUUACGUCAUCAAGAACAUAUCUUACUCGACACAGUCGUUUCAGGUCGUGAACUCAAAGGCCUCUCAUGAUCCAUGUCCGAUCCCUCUGCAUAAUCUUACCCUCCAUAGGACUCCUUUCUCUGUGAGCCCUUCUCAUGUCAACUUCUCCAUGUUUUACAAUUGCUCCGACUACUUGCCAGAUGAUUUUACGAUAUACCCUCUUACUUGCUCUGGCAACACAAGUCUUCGAUCUUUCGGGAUCUUCCGGAGGGAGAUCAAGGACAAGUAUUCAUACAGGUCGUGCCAGAAACUAGUCGAAGUUCCUGUUUCAGCUAGUGGCGAAUCUGAUGUGAAACUGUUUUUGGGUAUGGCUUAUGCCGAGAUUUUGAAAAGGGGUUUUGUUCUGAAUUGGACUGCACACAGUUGUAACCGCUGCAAUAGUAGCGGCGGGCGAUGUGGAACUAAUAAUAAGGAAUUCGUUUGCUUUUGUCCUGAUGGACCUAAGAUUUAUGAUACUUGCAAGAAUGGUGAUAAAAAAAAAUUGGGGCUGAAGAUCGGCAUAGGUAUUGGGGCCGGGGUCCUGGGAUUAAUAGCAGCGAGCAUCUGUUGGUUUGUGUACCAUCGUAAAAAAACCAAAAGCUAUAGAACUUCUUCAGCAUUGCUUCCAAGAAACCUCUCCUCAGAGCCAUCUUCAAAGUCUUCAGACGUUGAGAAAGCAGAGGAAUUGUUAGUCGGAGUUCGUCUCUUCUCUUUCGAAGAGCUCGAAGAAGCCACUAAUAACUUCGACCCGUCUAAAGAACUCGGUGAUGGAGGCUUUGGUACUGUCUAUUACGGUAAACUUAAAGAUGGACGAAGUGUAGCUGUAAAACGAUUAUUCGAGAACAACUUCAAAAGAGCAGAGCAAUUCAGGAAUGAAGUUGAGAUCUUAACGGGUUUACGCCAUCCCAACCUCGUGGCUCUAUUUGGAUGCUCCUCAAAACAGAGCCGAGACUUGCUGUUAGUGUAUGAGUAUGUUGCAAAUGGCACGUUAGCUGAUCAUCUACACGGUUCACAGGCUAACCCGAGCUCACUUCCUUGGUCUACUCGUCUUAAGAUCGCUGUUGAAACCGCCUCUGCCUUGAAGUAUCUUCACGCCUCCAAGAUCAUUCACCGUGAUGUUAAGUCCAACAACAUCCUUCUCGACCAAAACUUCAAUGUCAAGGUUGCGGAUUUCGGACUUUCAAGACUGUUCCCGAUGGACAGAACGCACGUAUCAACCGCUCCACAAGGAACUCCAGGCUACGUCGACCCGGAUUAUCACCUCUGCUAUCAACUCUCCAACAAAAGCGAUGUGUACAGCUUUGCGGUAGUGUUAAUGGAGCUUAUCUCAUCGCUUCCAGCAGUCGAUAUCACAAGACCUCGACAAGAGAUCAACCUCUCGAACAUGGCAGUCGUUAAAAUACAGAACCACAAGCUCCAAGACAUGGUGGAUCCUUCACUCGGGUUCGACACGGAUACAAGAGUGAGACAGACCGUGAUCGCAGUCGCUGAGCUUGCGUUCCAAUGCUUACAGUCGGAUAAAGAUCUUAGGCCGUGUAUGUCGCACGUGCAAGAGACGUUGACAAGGAUACAGAACAAUGCGUUUGGUUCGGAAGUGGAUGUUGCAGAUGUGAGUAAGAGUGGACCGUUACAGUCUCCUGAUAGUGUAAUUGUGAAAUGGGACAGUAAGUAA